AUGGCCAAAACUACGAGCGCAACAAUAAAAAUGGAUCCAAUGCGUGUAACAUUGGCGGAUAUUCAAAGAGGUAUUACAUUAAGUAAGCAGCUGGACGACUUCAAAGCCUUUCCGACAACGCUACAAUGCGGUCGCUCCUUGAUGGGCUCGGCCAAACAUCAACCGAAACACAUUAAAGUAACACUUAUGAAGACUAAUGAAAUACUGCUCUACGAACAGCGCAGUCUGACCGUCUUGGUCGACACAGAGGAGGGUCAGGUCGUUGCAGCGGACAAUGAGCAGUACGAGUAUUUAACCUCCGCGCAGGGUAGACGACGGCGCACCAUCAGCGCUGAGGCACAAACGACGGCUGUGCUCUCAAAAAGCCGCGAUGUGAAUACCGAACACAUACGCACAGACAAUAUUGCCUCUUAUGUGUCGAACUUCGAGAUGUUCGACACGUACAAGGAUCUGCAGACUACAACAAAAAGUGUCGCCAUCGAUGAACAUAAGCAAAUGGAGAUCACCACUUACAAAGUCGAAGGUAAAGAUACAUUCAUUGAAAUUAAUCAACAACCAAGCUUUCGUUUGGCGCUGAUGUUGACCAUGCGCACCUUGGCCGGGAAUGUUUUCGAACAACAACAAAGGCGUUUUCGUAAUAUGCGCCUACCAGAUCCGCUGGCAGCGGAGGUGCGCUACUGUUAUCGCGCAGAGUUACUUUGGCGCUUUCAAUUGCCACAGUCACUGGCCGGCGAUACGAAGAAGGCUGUUGCUGAUCUCAGCUGGUGUCCACGCAAUGGCGAUAUACUCGCUGUGGCAUAUGGUGUCUAUAAUUUUCGUGAUGACAAUGCCAAUGCAGAUGGUUGUAUUUGUAUUUGGUCCAUAAAAAAUCCCGUCAAUCCGGAGAGAUACUACAAGUAUCAAAUGCCCGUAAUGACUGUAGAGUUCUCACCGCACAAUCCACAAUUAUUGGCCAUCGGUUUAUCGGAUGGCACCAUUGAAGUACUGGACAUAACGAAACUCCAGUCCGCUGCCAUCGCAGUGACGGAUCGUCGCACAUUGCAGAAUUGUGAACCGAUUGUGGCUAUAAAAUGGAUCUCACGCUGCGAAUUGGUUGGCGCCAGACACACCAUCGAACCAUUUUUAGCGCUGUCACGUGAUGGUUCCGUAACCAAGUAUAGCAUUAUUAAGAGUCCACAAUUGCUGGCGAAUAAGUUGCUUUCGUUGCAUCGCAUUGAAGCGCAACCUGAGGGCUUACAAGUGGAACGCAACUAUGCGCUGCUGCAGGCCAAUCGUCAUCCGCAAGGUUUAAAUCUCUGUUUGAGCCCUACACAGGAGGAUCUGUAUUAUGUGCUCACAGAGGAGGGCUGUUUAUACAAAUGCUCCACGCAUUAUCCACAACAGUAUUUGACGGUGCUGCAAGUUCAGGAAGCGGGUGCAAAUGCCAUGGAUUUUUCACCAUGGUCGCCGGAGCUCUUUUUAACCUGCGGCAAUGAUUGGUCCGUAAAUAUUUGGCUGGAUGGCAUUUUCCAACCGAUAAUCACACUGAAACAUCAUGAGGGCCCCAUACACUGCGCCUACUGGAGUCGCACACAUUCUACAAUAAUUAUUUCAUUGAGUCGAAAUUCGGUGGAUAUUUGGGAUAUCAAACAAAGCGUCUUGAAGCCCAUGUCAUCGACAAGCAUAAAUGGCGAACAUUAUACGAGUUGCAGAUUAUCACUUUGCGGCCGCUCGUUAGCUGUUGGCAAUGAAGCUGGUAAUGUUUUAAUGCUCGCCUUCGAAGACAUGCCAUUUCCAGCCUACUAUCAGUAUGAUCAAUUGGAGAAAGCAAUUUACAACCUGAUUUCCAAUGAUAUGGCAAUGGCGCAUAAAGUGAAGAGUCUCGGUUUCUUUGGUUAUGCAGAGCAUGUGAGAUAUCAGCCGAAAAAACGUCUUAAAAGGCGGAAGAAAGUACAAAAGGAUGUAAAAUUAAGUGACGAAAAUUAA